AUAGUGGAAAGCGAAGCGCAGCAUUGGCGUACGGCUAUGGCGCCGACUGGCCAAUCCGACAGCCUGAUAGCGAUUGAGCGUCCUCAGCUAUCACUUUCAAUGGGGCAUUACUACGGCAGGUGAUGUUCGUAGGGUAAUGGUUUCCGGACAACAAGUUGGAGUUAAGAGAGAGUGAGGGGGUGAGAUGAUAGCCCUGUUCACUUGCUAAGCUGUCAACAAAACCACAGAGAAGAAGGGUAAAUAGCCUGACAUGACUGGUACACCAUUAAAACUCAAACAAUAAGAGAAGUAGGAUGAGAAGUUUGGCUUGCUAGCUCGGCAUCGUAUGGAUGUUGUCGCUUUACAUCAAAGCUGACCUACACUCCCAGUUUGAUCUCAAACUAUAAGAUCCACUCUCUUUCGUUUCGCCUCUCAUUUUCCGUCAGACUUUCGCCGAGUCCAUGGCCGACAUUAUUCGCCCAGAUCAGAGAAGAAGAUACUCAUAUUUGAGUUCUCGCUUCCAGAAUUGAAACUCGGCUGUUUAUCUCUCAUUUAUUGCUGGACAUUAACCUUUACAGGUAGGACAUUGGGUCAAAAUCGCCCUUCCUCACCACAAGAAAUCGAAGACAUCCCCAAUACAGCCCUGGCCCUGUACCGCCGACAAGGUGUUUGAACACAAGACUCUACCACACUCUUUCAUUCUUCUUUCUCUUCAAAAGAAGAAACUGCAAAAAAUCGAUUCCGAACCUUUUGCGAAGAAAAGAACUUGCUAAUGUGCCAUCCUUACAACGGUGCGUUUCUUUCUCUCAAACUCGAUCUAUAUAACUGUUGUUCCCAGCGUACAGCUGAUUCUGGAAAUACACCAGCUAGAAUCAUCUCACUAGCAGAGAGAAGACGCCAUUGUGGUUUGAGUUUGAAGGUCAAGGAGCUUUGAAUCUUGGUCUUUGAGAAGGGUUUGAGCAGAGCCAUCGUAGUCAGCCGAACCUACGCUGGAGUUAAUAUCGUCAUACCGCUACUCGGGAGGGGGAAACCCGGAGCGUUAUCCAAUGAUGAAUAUGAAAGAGCAUGUUGGUAUGCAUCCUCCCCCGUUAGGUCCGGGAGGACCCAAGUAUUCACCGCUUCAUCGUCAUCAUGAUCGCGGACUUGAGAUGACUAGAAGACACUGUAUGAACGGACCGGGUAACAUCUUUGGUCCGUUAGAUGACAGUGGAUUUCUCGCCAGAGCCGAAGCCCUAGCUGCUGUAGAUGUCAUGUCCACCAUGGUCAAAACAAGCCAACCUCAUAUGACCAUCAAGAAUGAUACCAACUAUUCCCAUCACCAUCCUGUCAACAGUGGGAUGCAUCCAGCACACUUUGCUCCGACAUCAUCUCCAGUAUCCCGCGGUCUCCCUCAUCAUCAUACCAUGGAUCAUGGUGAGUUCCUUGACAUCUCAGCAGCAGCUAGCCUUCCUGGAGGCGGUCCUGGACCGGGUCUAUCUGAUGUCCAGAGUGCAGCUGCAGCAGCGGCGGCAGCAGCGGCUGUAUCUUCACACCAAUCAUCCUUCACACCCCUACCAGGUACAGGUGGGCAUUUCAACCCAGUGAAUACCAUGAUGCCACAUGGCAUGGGUAUGCAUGAUAUCGACACGGAUCCUCGAGAGUUGGAAGCCUUUGCUGAGCGGUUCAAGCAACGUAGGAUAAAGCUUGGCGUUACGCAGGCUGACGUAGGUAAAGCUCUGGCAAAUCUGAAGCUUCCUGGCGUAGGAUCCCUCAGUCAGAGUACUAUCUGUAGGUUUGAAAGUCUUACACUCAGCCAUAACAACAUGAUUGCUCUUAAACCUAUCCUGGCUGCGUGGCUGGAUGAAGCAGAGGCUGCUGCGAGGGAAAACAGAAAUUCACCUGGUAUCCUUGACAACGGAGACAAAAAACGAAAGCGAACGAGUAUCGCUGCUCCAGAGAAACGAUCUCUGGAAGCAUAUUUUACCGUCCAACCUAGACCGUCAAGUGAGAAAAUAGCCGCCAUUGCCGAAAAACUGGACUUGAAAAAGAACGUGGUUCGCGUAUGGUUCUGCAACCAACGUCAAAAGCAAAAGAGGAUGAAAUAUUCAGCGCAACCGAGGUGAGAUCACUCACAAACUCUCAACAAUCAAACUGAAAAGUGGAAGAAAGUAAAGGACUUCCUUACAAACAAAACAAUGAUAUUCAUAUUUUCCAAAUUGCCACAUGACUUUUGUGAUCUAUCUGCCAAUUUGUGGGUGAACACCGCUAGCUAUUGUCUUGUUUUCCAUCUCUCGAUUCUAUUCUCUCUCAUGCCCCGACCUGGACCAUGUUUAAAACGAGAACAAAACGUGAGCAAAUCGAUAGCGAUUAUCGUUUGUAUAUCGAGUCGAUGAGAUGGGAAGUAGUGAAAGCUUAUUCUUUGCCUUACAUGUUGUAUAGUGAUGUAUAAAAGUGCAGACAAUUGUAAUCUCGUGACCGUUACACCUGUAUUAAACUAAGAAAUGAAAUAAUGCAACAGACAUCUCCACUUGGCUAUUGUUUAGGUUCGAAGCGUCUCUAGAAAUGCUUCUUUGAUUAAAACCCGUGAAUAGGGAUUGGAAAAUAGAUUCAAUUGAAUUUUCAGUGAUAUCUGACAUGAGGUGGAAUGUUUCAUCCAUAUCAAGUAACAUGUACUGAUAUAGAAUAAAUCUCAUGAAGAACUAAAAAGUGGGACGCGAAAUAGUGUUACGACAAGGUAUAUAUACAUCAGAUAAUAAUUUUAUGCAAAUCAAGAUUUUUGUAAUCAUAUCAAAUCCUCGAUAGUGACGAACAUUCUAUAAUACUACACUGUUAAAAAACCCGU